AUGCUACCUCCUAUUGACAUAGGACCGUCUCCCUUAAGGUUGAGUCAACCACCGACAAAUGCUGUGGUACCGAUGGAGGCUGAAUCCUCUUCAAACCCGACUCAGUCUUUCGCAACUCCCGUUGCACCUUCAGGUGGUGGUACAUCUGCCGAACAUGUACAAAUUCGUAUCACUUUCUCCAGCGAUUGGCAUUUACCAGACAGUGAGGCCUCUCCAGCGCCAUUGGUUCUUCCUCUUCCUCCCGACGCUAAAUAUGGCGAUCUUCUUGAGCGCAUCCAGUCCUACCUAUCAUCACUGCAGCCGGAUAGAGUUCUGGCCAACGGUCUGACUACUCACCAAACCAACCCCUUUACCUUGCCAUGCGUCACUCUUGUUGUGACCACUGAUUGGCCGAGACGGCGUCUGCCACUUGACUCAGAUCAUUUCCCCAAGACGGUGAGCGAAAUGAACCUCCGCGGAAACGUCGGCAUUGUUGUCGAUCAUGCCCUCGCUGCCUGUCCGUUCCGGAUGCCUGAACCCGAGCCCGAAGCAGCUGCGCAACCGGAAGAGGCUGCGGAAAACGAGCCCGAGGAGGAGGAAGAAGAAGAAAUGGACAAUGAGCCGGAACCUGCACCUCCCGCUCCUCCUCCACCCGUCAUCCCGGAGGAACCAGUGACUGCGCAGCCAUCGAACCCCUUUCCUCAGCCAGUCGAAGUUGUCCCAGAACCAACACCGCCUGAGCCCCUCCUUCCAGGACUCACAAGAACGCCAGGCAGAGCAGGUAACCCCCCUUUCCCUUUGCUCAAACUACAUACUUUAUACGUUUGCUGCUACGAGUUAAUCGGGCAUUGCAUUCUCAGUGGCCGUAUCCACACACAUCUAUUAUAG